AUGUACAACUGUGCAUGGUUGGGUGGGAGUGGGAAUCCUAGCCCUGAAGCCCUCAUGCCUUUGGGUCAUACUGGAAGGGGAAGGAUGAUGAACACUCUCCCUGCUACCUCUUCCUCUCCUUCCCCUUCUUCCUCUUGUUCCAUCAACCCUCAUCUGGGACAUUUCUACACAGUGGAAGUUGGUGAUACCAAGUUCACCAUCCUCAAGCGAUAUCAAAACCUUAGGACAAUCGGCUCUGGUGCUCAAGGCGUUGUCUGUGCUGCAUAUGACACAGUGACCAAUUGCAAUGUGGCCAUCAAGAAACUCAGUCGUCCUUUCCAGAAUGUGACUCAUGCCAAAAGAGCGUAUCGAGAAUUCAAACUCAUGAAGUUGGUCAACCACAAAAAUAUCAUUGGGUUGCUGAAUGCAUUCACACCCCAAAAGAGCCUGGAGGAGUUCCAGGAUGUCUACCUCGUGAUGGAACUCAUGGAUGCAAACCUGUGCCAGGUGAUCCAGAUGGAUCUGGACCAUGACCGUAUCUCCUAUCUCCUCUAUCAGAUGCUCUGUGGGAUCAAGCAUCUCCAUUCAGCUGGCAUCAUCCAUCGGGACCUGAAACCAAGCAACAUUGUUGUGAAGAGUGAUUGCAGUCUCAAGAUUUUGGACUUUGGACUGGCACGUACAGCUGGGACCACAUUUAUGAUGACCCCAUAUGUAGUGACCCGGUAUUAUCGUGCCCCUGAGGUCAUUUUGGGAAUGGGUUAUUCUGAGAAUGUGGACAUCUGGUCUGUUGGAUGCAUCAUGGGUGAGAUGAUUCGUGGGGCUGUCCUCUUCCCAGGAACUGAUCACAUUGACCAGUGGAACAAGAUAAUUGAGCAACUGGGUACACCAUCAAGGGACUUCAUGCAGCGUCUUCAGCCCACUGUUCGAAACUAUGUAGAGAAUCGACCACGUUACCGUGGCUACUCAUUUGAGAGACUCUUCCCAAAUGAACUCUUCCCACCUGAUUCUAAUGGUCACCCCAACCUCACAGCCUCGUGUGCACGAGAUCUCCUAUCCAAGAUGCUUGUGAUAGAUCCAGAACACCGCAUUUCUGUGGAUAAUGCCCUAAUGCAUCCAUACAUCAACUUUUGGUAUGAAGAGAGUGAAGUCCAUGCUCCUGCUCCUCAUCCAUAUGACCACUCUGUGGAUGAACGGGAACAUUCAGUGGAAGAAUGGAAAGAGCUGAUCUAUAAGGAAGUGAUGGAGUAUGAAAGCACACAUAAUACAUUGGGUGGAGCUGCAGCCAAUGCAGGUGCCAACAGUCAAGAGAAUGGAAGUGCUGGGAGCAUCGGGGCAGCAGCACGAGCAGGCUCAUCAGGUGCAGCUGCAUCUUCUGCCAUGUCCUCAGCUGCUGCAGCCUCCCGCAGAUGAUGAGAAGAUGAGGUCAAGCCAUGGAAGAGUGUAAAUAGAAAGAGGGAAGAGGAAGGUCUAUCCACUGCAUGCACCCUCCACGACUGUGAUAAACUCGAGAAGAAUGUGACAGUAAAGGAGACAGAGAAAUGGAGAGAGAGCUCAUUUGCAGAAAAAGAAUUCCCUGACUCCCUUUCUUGUUCCUGUGUGUUCCAGACAACCUUAACUGAUGAGAAAGAGAGAAGAAAGAACUUUUAAAAAUUAUGACCACAAUA